UAUCAGCAGGAAAAUCGGCUGUAGGGACUAUUUACGAGUUGAUGACAAGGGCGAAGGAGUCGAUACGCACUUAUUACAUCAUGGAUGAGAAUAAGCAUAAGAUAUUUUCCAGUAUCAUUGAUACACAGUGGUUUGAUCAUCUGCAUUCGCCUCUUCAUGCCGCAGCAGCGUUUUUGAACCCCAGUAUUCAGUAUAACCCAGAGAUAAAGUUCCUCACUUCAUUGAAAGAAGGCUUUUUCAAGGUGUUGGAGAAACUUCUUCCGACUAGCGAUCUACGUCGUGAUGUCACAACUCAGAUAUUCACCUUCACGAGAGCAAAGGGAAUGUUCGGCUGUAACCUUGCGAUGGAAGCAAGGGAUACAGUGCCACCAGGGCUGUGGUGGGAGCAGUUUGGUGACUCAGCGCCCGUGCUGCAACGGGUGGCCAUCAGGAUACUGAGUCAAGUUUGCAGUGGCUACAACCUGGAACGCCAUUGGAACACAUUCCAGCAGAUGCACUGGGAGAGACGGAACAAGAUUGACAAAGAAAUGUUGAACGGAUUGGCGUACGUGAAUCACAAUCUCAAUUUAGGGAAAAUGGCGUCAUCGGAGAUGGACCCGAUUGCACUUGAAGACAUCGACAUGACGUCUGAGUGGGUGGAGGAGGCAGAAAAUCCAAGCCCUCCCCAGUGGCUCGAUCGGUUCGGAUCUGCCAUCGACGGGGGCGACUUGAACACGCGGCAGUUCAGCGCUGCCAUUUUCGGUGCCAGCGAUCAUGGCAUCUUCGGCUUGUGAAUUCAUUUUCCAUGCCGGAGUUCGCCUUAACAUGGUCUGGGUAGUGACCCAAUUGCCAAGGGAAGAUUCAAAAACAAUUGCAGAAGAAAGUGAGCUGCAUCAUGAUGGAUGGUGGAGUAAAAGGGACAUAUUUGGAAGUCAUGGACACUUGGGCAGUUGCUGUCGGAGAUUGUAGCUUGGGGGCCUUAGGUUUCUUGGACUUGCACCUUUUACCAAAAUGGCAUUCGUCCGCUGAAAUGGCGUCCAGACCAGGGAUUCUCACCGACUGGCCAUGGAAGGCCCUUGGAAGCUUCAAGGGACGGGCGAUCUUUGCUUCCGGGAGCCCAUUUGCUCCGGUAGAGUACAAUGGAAAGAUGUUGGUGCCGGGACAGGCGAAUAAUGCGUACAUCUUCCCGGGGCUAGGGCUCGGGUUGAUAAUGUCAGGGACGAUCCGUGUUCAUGAUGACAUGCUCCUGGCUGCCUCGGAAGCGCUGGCAGAGCAGCUGAGGGAGGAGCAUUUUGUGAAAGGAUCCAUAUACCCUCCGUUCAAGGACAUCAGAAACAUCUCUGCUCGCAUCGCCGCCAAGGUGGCCGCCAAGGCUUAUGAACUCGGUUUGGCAACGAGGUUGCCUCAGCCCAAGGAUCUGGUGAAGUGCGCGGAGAGCAGCAUGUACAGCCCUUCCUACCGCAGCUACCGCUGAUUUUAAUUUUGACUUUUAACCGCCGCCCUUCACCAUUCUUUUCAUUAUCCCCCUUUUAUAUUUUUGUUUUUUUUACUUUUAUUUAUUAUUGUAUUUUUAUUUUUCACUUUGAAUCCGAAUGUUUACCCUUCCUCAUUUAUGCUUUUGGUUUGUGAGAUACAUCAGAAUCAGCUUCUCUCCUGGUUAUAGGCUUUGAUAAAUGAGUCUCAAUUCAAUUCCAUU